AUUCACAUCGAGAAAUACAUAGCAUUCCAUUCAUUGCUCAUCAUCUGCGAUUUCAGUUCCAACAGAAAGAAAGAGAAGCUAGAAAUAUGGCUGAAGAGGACUCAACCACGCAGCAAGAACAUAUCGCGGAAGAGGUGGAAGAGAAGCAGCAGCAGCAGCUCAAGUACCUGCAAUUUGUUCAAGUGGCUGCACUUCACGCCGCGGUCCGCUUCUCAAAUGCUUAUGGUUAUGCCAAAGAGAAAUCCGGUCCGUUGAGGACCGGCGUUGAGUCAGCAGAGGGAGCUGUGAAAACUGUUGUUGGACCUGUGUAUGACAAGUACCAGGCUCUCCCUGGCGACCUCCUCUCUUUUCUUGAUGGCAAGGUUGACGAAUCUGUGACCAAUCUGGCAUCAUCCUAUGCAGACGCUGCUCAGAAAGCGCCAGAUGCUGCUCGAGCUGCUGCAUUAGAGAUCAAGCGAAGAAGCUCAACCAUGGCUAAGUCGGUAUACUCCAAGUACGAACCGAAAGCUCAGCAAUGUGCUGUUUGUGCAUGGAGAAAGCUGAAUGAACUACCUGGGGGGCCAAAGGUGGCGGAAAUUGUUGUACCAACCGCUGCAUAUUGUUCGGAGAAGUACAACCACACUGUGAGUUGCGCUGUGGAGAAGGGGUACAAGGUUGCCUCCUAUUUGCCUUUAGUUCCAACAGAGAAAAUUGCACAGGUUUUUGGAGGAAUGUGCCAGAAGCCGUUCAGUGAUAGCUACUUCAUUGUUGGUUUUUUUUAUGGCCUUUGUAACAUUUUCUUCUGCCUCUUUUAUUUUUACGAGCGUUGUAUCGUUGUUUUUAGGGACAUGGCUACCCUACGUUUUGGGUAAACCAUAUUACGUGACGUUUAGUGUUGAUGUUUGAAAGUCGGCAGUGUGUUCAAUUUCAGAUCACUGUCUCCCCUUCCAAAGCUAAAAAAUUCCUGGGUUCAUCUGUCACCAUC